AAGACUUCAAUGGAUGAUAUCAUUUGAACUUGUACAAGAAAUGAAAAGAGAAAGUAAAAGCUAUGGAGAUGUUGCAAUCUUUCAGCGAUCGGUGAAUAACGUUUAAAAAGAAUCAGUCAGUGACUGUGAAGUGUUAAGUUAAGUCGUUAUAGAGUGUAACAUAUUUUUAACCUACACUAUAUUUCAUAUAUAUUGUUGAGUCUAUGCAAUGAAUGACAAAUAUUUUGUCGUUUUUAUUGUUAUUGUUUUUCUGGGGUUAGACAAUCACGUGUUGGCUAAACCUACUCAAGACCUUACAAAGACAACAUUGGAUUCGUCACAAGAGAAGUUGAAUAACACCAAAGUAAACAUACCAACCAAAUGGGAACGAGGAAUGGAUUUGUUAGGCCAAAUUAUGGAUUCAAUAAGAUUUGGCAGAGGACGCUUAGUAAAUUUUUUGUUGAUGGCUAGAAAUGAGAUUGCGGAACGCGCGGAGGAAUUUACUAGUGAUGCGGCAAACAAGCUAGUAGCUAUAUUAGCAGCAAGAGAUGCAAAAAAAAUAGCGCAAAAAGCAGGAAAAAGAAGUAUAGUUGAAAGUUCAACAAGUACACGAAUAAAAGUUGACCCUUUGGAUUCUUUUUUACCUCCAAAAGCACGAGAGAUUGCUCGCUUGGAGUCAGAAUCUGGCCAAUCAUUGUUUGAAAUUAAAAAACCAAAACCAAUCCAAGGAUUACUUGAGAAUUUUUUAGCCCCAGUUCCAUUGGUCGAUAAAAUAAAAGAAGAAGAUAAAUAUGGAAAUUCCGGUGACAAAUUCAUAGGCGUUGGACGAGCAAUAGUUAACGGAUUUGAGGGCUUCAGUAAUUUUCUCAAUGCUGUUGUUGAUAUUCCGGUGAAUGCUGCAAAAAAAACAUCUCGAGGAAUAACAGCGGCGCUCAAUCAAAUUGGCGGGAAACUCAUAGGCCUUGAAUAAUAUUGAAAAUGAUGUAGAAAUAUACGCAACUUGUUAUUAAUAAUAUUUAUUAUGAAUUUAUAUCACGUUUGUAUGUCUUGUAAUAAAUUUUAAGAAAAUGUUA